AUGUUCAUCUACCCCUCGCCAGCGCCAGCGCCAACUACGGAUCGCGUUCUGGCUGGUGCUCUUCAUCCAAUGCCAAUUACAAAGUGUAUCAAAUUUACUGGACAAAGUCGUGCACCGUUUGCUGGUGCAGGUGCUAAGGUGGGCCAAACGGAGAGAGCAGUCGAGGGAGCAGCUAGUGGUCCAAGUUCAUCGAGCAGAAGCGAGAACAGAGUAGUCAUGUUUCCUCGACUAAAUUUACUGGUAUAA